AUGAAGGUGGUAGAACCCAGCAGUCCCACUGGAGAAGAAGAGGAGGAGGAGGAAUUUAAUCCUCCUCUGGGAGCUGGCCCCAAGCCCUGGCAGGUGCCCCCACCAGCCCCUGAGGUCCAGGUGUGGACACCAAGGGUCAACUGUCCAGAGAAGGUGAUAAUCUGUCUGGACCUGUCAGAAGAAACGUCACUGCCAAAAUUGGAGUCGUUCAAUGGCUCCAAAACCAAUAAUGCUCUCAAUGUCUCCCAGAAGAUGAUUGAGAUGUUUGUGCAGACAAAACACAAGAUUGACAAAGGCCAUGAUUUUGCACUGGUGGUUGUAAAUGAUGACACUGCUUGGCUGUCCGGCCUGACCUCUGACCCCCAUGAGCUCUGCAGCUGCCUCUAUGACCUGAAGACAGGCUCCUGCUCCAACUUCAAAAUGGAAGGUCUCUUCAACCUCAUCCAACAGAAGACUGAGCUGCCAAUCACGGAGAAUGUGCAGACAAUCCCACCCCCAUGUGUGGUCUGUACCAUCCUUGUCUACAGCCGCCCACCCUGCCAGCCCCAGUUCUCCCUGAAUGAGCCCAUGAAGAAAAUGUUCCAGUGUCCAUAUUUCUUCUUCGACAUUGUUUAUAUCCACAAUGGUGCCAAUGAAAAGGAGGAGGAGAUGAGCUGGAGGGACAUGUUUGCCUUCAUGGGCAGCCUGGAUACCAAGGGCACCAGCUACAAGUAUGAGGUGGCACUGGCCAGGCCAGCCCUCGAGCUGCACAACUAUAUGGCUAAGCAGCUGGCUCACCCAUUACAACAGCCCUGCCAGAGCCAUGCCUCCUACAGCCUGCUGGAGGAGGAGGAUGAAGCCACUGAGGUUGAGGCCACUGUCUGA